UGGAGCGAGGCGCGGGCAUAGUAGCCGGUGUUCUUGAGAGGAGCGGCACUGAAAGAAGCGGCGCGAGCGGGAAAGCACGAGCAGCGCCUCCGGCUUCGGUUCGCAGCUCUGUGAUAGUGGCGUGGGCGCUGCUGACAGUGAGGAGCAGCCCUCGUUCACGCCUCUAGAGGACGCGCGAGGCCGGAGUGUUCAAUUUUCUCACGUCUUUCGCUCGGUCGGUCGUCUGCGGGCUUCGUUCGGAUCGUUGGGUUCGAACGUUCGUGGGGCGAACGGAGUCUGUGGCGACAUUUGUCCUGUAGGAGCGAGUGAGUGCCUGUUCCGUCCGUGACCGAUAUCUUGCCGGGCCCUCUGCAGAUGUUGCGAAUUGUGUCUCUGUGUCCCAUUAGUCCCCGAGUGUGGAUAUUAGGACUUCUUUCGUUGUUCGUCGAGAUUGAGUGUUGAUGGUUGUUUCGCUCUUACCGUACAGAGCUCUACGGUCGAUUAGCCGAUCGAAUCUACGUACACUGUCGGAGAAGCUCCAAGGAAUUGCACCUGCAACCGGGGUGAGUUGUGCGAUGAAUGGGCACGUAAAUGGAGGACCACCUGCAGCAGGGAUGGCGCCCUCCAGAGGUGUCCCGGCGGCUGGAGGUGCACUCGCCAAAGGAGGAGGAGUGGACAAGGCUGCCGACUUCGCCAACUACUUCUGCACUUAUGCAUUCUUAUAUCACCAAAAGGAGAUGCUCUCUGACCGCGUGCGCAUGGAUGCGUACUACAGGUCGAUCUUUCGUAAUGCGAAACACUUCUUAGGAAAGACUGUAUUGGACGUAGGGACAGGCAGUGGCAUCCUCGCAAUUUGGGCCGCCCAGGCUGGUGCCAGAAAAGUUUAUGCCGUCGAAGCUACUGUCAUGGCUAGACACGCUCGGUCACUUAUAGCUGGCAAUAAUGUCGAUCAUAUUGUCGAAGUUAUCGAAGGUGCCAUCGAAGACAUCACUAUCCCUGAGAAAGUCGACAUUAUCAUCUCGGAGUGGAUGGGGUACUUUCUCGUGCGGGAGUCCAUGUUCGACUCGGUGAUUUAUGCCCGUGAUAAGUGGUUGAAGCCAACUGGAAUCAUGUACCCGAGUCAUGCGCGGAUGUGGGUUGCUCCAAUGAGGACAAGCCUCGUCGAACAUAAGCAGCAAGAAUUUCAACAUUCCAUGGCAGAUUGGGGAUGCUUCUUACAGGAUACCAGUGAUCAUUACAACGUUGACAUGAGCUGUCUGUCCAAUCCCUACAAAGAGGAGCAAACAAAAUACUUUUUGCAGACUUCGAUGUGGAACAGUCUGUACCCGAAUCAAAUAAUUGGCCAACCGGUUAUUAUUAAGGAAUUUGACUGUCUUACUACAACCAUGGAGGAGGUUUCGAGUGUACGAUCGUCAUUUAAGUUGCCCUUUCACCCUGGGCAUUCAAGAUUGUGCGGAUUCGCUGGUUGGUUCGACGUCCAUUUCAAGGGUAGUCCAACCGAUCCGGCAGACCAUGAGGUGGAGUUGACUACUGCUCCCAGCACCGACGAAACAACCCAUUGGGGGCAACAGGUCUUCCUCCUCCAUCCACCUCUUAACCUGCAAGACGGUGAUAUUUUGUCAUGUUCUCUUGAUAUCACCCGUUCAAGAGAUAACCACCGUCUUAUGGACGUGAAAUUUGUUCACCAAUUGGAACGAGCAUCAGGUGAAAAAACCCCUCUCAUAACUUCACCCUACUUCAUCGAAUGAUCGUUCAAACGAUCGACUUUUGUCUAUCCAGAUUCAAGGUUAUCUCAGACUGGAUGUCUCCAGGAGCCAUUCUGUCAAGUUCUAACCAACAGGAUUGAUUAAAAUUCUGAGAACUGCCUUAGCACAUGCCAAGGGACUGGGGUCUGUGACGAAGACAGACUUUGUCACCUAUCGUCAGUCUAGGAACUUUGUACGGAUAUUUUUGGAGAAUGUAUAAUUAACAUCAACCCCUUCAAUUACUUGGAAGCGAGGUGAUUUGGCCUUCUCA